AUGAUUAUCAUUUCAGCCGCUCCGCCGUAUAAUCCACCAUCCAUCACCGGGUCAAACGCUAAUGACUCAGCUGAUUUCGCCGCGUCGGCGUUUAGUGACAAGGACAUUCGUCGACACUUUGUCGCAAAGACACUGUCAAUGUCCUACAUGGCCGGUGUGGUGUCUUGCUUCCAUAAAGUCCACUUUAUCCUGUUUUGUCUACUAAUAACAGCCGGUGUUACGUUGUGUGUGACUUUGAUCGCAGUCGCCUGUCCCAUUGACAUCACCAAAUGUCAGUUCUUGCUGGCUGUCAUGUCAGUUGUCUUCCUCAUAUUCGGUAUAGUCUGCAUCGUUGUCCUCAUGUGUGGAAAAUAUACUCGGGUAAGUGUCCUUGUCUCCCCACCCCCGCCUUGUGUCUACUUUUUCUCUAUCCUCUGUCGCUGUUUUUUUGAGUUGCAUGUUUGUCCGCUAGAUUGA